AUGUGCUUCGUAACAUCAGGAGGGACGGUGGAGCUUUCGAUGAAAGGUUUGCCGAGUAGGUUAGGCUGCGUCGAUGAUAGCAUCUCGGCGAAUGUCUGCUCAACGGCCUCCUGGUCCUGGGAAUACGACCAAAUGAUGUUGGCGUUUGUGACGACAUCCCUUACGACAUUCUUGGUGGUGAGGGCCGUUCAUGAUUCACUCGAAGCGGAUGAGUACUGGAGCUUGUUACAGGACGGAGGUAAGGAAUUUGAACAAUGGGACACUGCUCUUACCGGCGACUGA